AGCCAAAGUAUGAGGGCAUCCGGUAUAUUUUUCUCAAGCUGAUGCUGUUUUAUAGUAAACAAAGCAAAUCCAUUCGAGGGGCAAAUGUGGUUUACCGCCGUAUCAUUUCUCAAGUUGAUAAACCUGCUAUCUACAACGUAUUUAGCUUGGAGAAGACCUUCAAAACAACAUUCUCUUUGCUUGUGCUGCACAUGUGGCUUUGCUUACACCGUUUGAAACAAGAGGCAAAUGAAGGUGUUGAGUUUGGGCAAUACUUGUAUGAGAUAUACAAUCAUGAUGUUGAGCUGAGAGUAUCUAGGGCUGGGGUUAACCUACUAUUGACUAGAUGGAUGAAAGAUUUGGAGAAGAUAUUUUAUGGAAAUGUUGUUGCUUAUGACGCUGCUCUGCUUCCAGAAGCUAAACAACAUGAAUUGGAAAAUGUGCUAUGGAGGAAUGUCUUCUCCGAUGAUGGUUCAUCUAUACCAAAUGAUGCUGGACAGCGUGCAGUCCAGGCUAUGUCAAGAUAUGUUCGCAGGGAGUCUUCUUGCUUCUCCUUAACAGAUAAAGAAGCUUUGUUUUCUGGCAACUUCAUGUUCACUUCAUUGGAGAACCCCUCAACUGAUGACACUAAGAGGGAGCAUAGAAGAGGUUGAGACGAGAUUUGGCAACAUUUAUGUAGUAAUAAGAGAGAUGAUGAUGGAUCAUAUGAUACACCAGCUAGACAGGGUUUCCAAUAUUUUACAUAAAACAUUAAAUUAUGAAGGUACCUUUUCAAAUUGUAUUUAAUUUAUUUGUAUAUUUUCAAAAAAAAAAAAAAACUGGUUUUGGUUACUAUACUUUUGGUAAUUCAUUGUUAGCUAAUGAAUGAUGAGAUGAGACCUUGAUGCAAUGAUAGUUGUUUUGCAUGUGGUGAUCUAA